UAGUAUAUUCUAAGAAACCAAGAUUAGAUCCAAUUUUAGGCUAGCACUGUAAGUGUCGUGAGUAAAGUUAAUUAAUAUUUUUAAAGACGUUUUCAAUGUAAAUAGAAGAGAAACAGUAUUACACUAAUUAUAUUAAAAGAUAUUGAAAAUACGCACAUCGAGAGAGAUAGAACGGUACCACUUGAAAAAAUUCGUAUUAAAUAUAUCUCGUAAUACUUUACAUUUCUAAGUAUCAACGAGAUACGAUGAUACCAAUUGUGACCGUGGUACUGCAGUCUGCAGCACUUUGCGGUAGAUAAAUAAGGGUGAACGUCAUCAAAAUCAUGAGAAGAUACGAUGACACAUAUAGCUACUGAAAAUCUUUCUAUAGUUACACACAGGCGCGCGCGCCCACACACAUAACACAUACACGCACACACAUAUUCCAUGCGUACCGAAUAUAAGUAUGGCGACCGAAGAACACAAACGAUUAGCUAAUGUUGUUAAACAAAUUCAUGCUUUAUUACGAAAAGAAUGCGAAGAAUAUGGUGCAGAAAUAGCAUGGCAAAAACAUAAAUAUGUUAUGUCGAUGAAGGAUCUUGCAACUACGCAUUGGAAAGGCAAUAAUACAGAUUCUUUAAGUGGAACUUAUUGUAGAAUAGAAUGGAUCAAAACUCAAUGUAAAGAAUAUUUUUUCAAUGGUGGCAAAAAAAAAUAUUCUAAUAGGGAAUUUAGUAUAAAAGGAAAAAUGGGUGAAUUGUUGAUAUUAAAUGGUAAUAAUAUAGAGGAACAAAAUAUGUUGGUCUCCAAACAGAAUUAUUAUAACGAUAAGGAAUUGUUAAAUGAAGGAGAACAAACGUUUCAAAAGAUUUCAGUAUUAGAUGUAGGAAGUUGUUACAAUCCUUUUGAAAUGGAAGAUAUGUUCAAAGUAACGGCAAUAGAUUUGGUAGCUGUUCAACCUAACGUUUUACAGUGUGAUUUUUUAAGCGUCGAUAUAGGAAGAGAACAAAUCCUAUCUGCAGAUAAAAAACAAAUUUUACAAUUACGCGAAGAAUCAUUUGAUGUUGUUGUAUUUUCUUUAUUGUUAGAAUAUAUGCCAUGUCCAAAACAAAGAUAUCUUUGCUGUAGCAAAGCAUAUAAUUUAUUGAAGAAAAAUGGUAUAUUAUUUAUUAUCAGUCCUGAUUCGAAACAUGUCGGUGCAAAUGCUAAGUUAAUAAAAUCAUGGAGAUAUGUUUUAUCUAAGUUGGGCUUUAUGAGAAUUAAAUAUGAAAAAUUGCGACAUAUACAUUGCUUGAUAUUUAGAAAAUGUAUUUACAAAGAAGUGGCACUGAGGUGGGCAAACAUGCAAACUUUUUCAGAGAGCAACAUAUUGUGUCAAAGCGAAGAUAAGAUUUUUAUUCCUCAAGAUUUUAAAACUGUUGACGAUAAACAUAAUAAUGAGAGUAGCAAUCAUGACAUACAUGAUUUACUUUGUUCCUUCAAUGAAUUACCUUUUGCUGAAUUAUAACAUUAUUUCUACAUAAGAUUUUUUACUUUAAUUAUUAUUAUAUUAUACAUGUAAUAAAAAGAAAAAAAAAAAAAAAGAGAAAAAUAAUUAAUGAAACAAAGUAUUCUUCAUAUCAUAAAAAU